CUAGGAAAUAAGCAUUCAGCUGCUCUGAAGAAUGAAGAUGCUGCUCAGAGGAAAGCAGCCCUGGAGGCUGCUAUUAGAAAGAAGAUUGAAUUUGAAAAAAAAGCACUGUAUACUGUUGAACAGCUGCUGGAAGAGAACAUCACUGAAGAGUUCCUUGUGAAUUCUGGAAAACUUAUUACACCAUCUCACUAUAAAGACAUUGUUGAUGAACGUUCUAUCAUCAAACUAUGUGGUUAUCCUCUGUGUCAGAAUAAACUGGAAAACGUGCCAAAACAGAAGUACAGAAUUUCAACGAAAACAAACAGAGUUUAUGAUAUUACUGAAAGAAAGUGUUUUUGCAGCAACUUUUGCUAUAGAGCGUCUAAAUAUUUUGAAGCUCAAAUUUCCAAAAGUCCAGUAUGGAUGCGAGAAGAAGAAAAAUUGCCAGACAUAGAGCUGCUGAAAGAGGGACAGAGCGGUCAGUCUGGAGAAGAGGUGAAACUAUGUGAUGAAGUAAUUAAAGCUUCUGACAUUGAAAAUCCUAGGACAUCUUCAAACCCAUGUGAAUCUAGUUUUGCUGGCACUGUCAGUGACAGCAGUAGUGAUACUGAACAAGAAUUCGUUUCUUCUGUUCUACCAGGAAGUCAAUCAAGUUCAGCUAAUCUUGAACAACAAUUGCACAGAAAAAGCAUCCUCACAAAGAAACAUUUUCAGGAAGUGUAUUCCAGCCCUAAAAAUGAAGACUCAGAAGUGCUAGAAGCCACUGAACAGCUAUCUAAUUGUAAAUUAGAUGCUCAGGAAGAAGUGCAUUCUUGCUCUGUUCAAAAUAAACUAAUUGUAACUUCUUCACAAAGUACUAUUCCUGGAAAAUCAAAUACUACAGAAAAUUACGAAAAUACUUGUAGUGGUUCACAAAUAGUUUUUUUGAGUGUGAGCAAAAAAGGAGCAGAACAGCUUAAAAGAAUGCUAGCUAACUCAAAACAACAUAAAAAAUAUGGACUAAGGGAUCCAGUUAACUCCCUGGCUGCCAAAGGCAACUUAUUAGAAGUGCUUAAGCAAACAUUUAUAGAAUGGAGAACUGAAGAAACUUUAAAAUUUCUCUAUGGUGCAAACUACACUUCUUCAUGCUCAUCAGAAUGCACAUCAGCUGCCAACCAAGAGAAUGAAGAGCUUGAUGAGGAUGACUUAGAUACAGCUGAUGAUCUUAGUGUUGCUGCAGGGGAGUCUAAAACUGGUUUGAACCAUUCUUUACCUUUCAGAGGCUCAGGUGGAAUAGUUAAGCCUAUACCUAGUUAUGAAAAGUUAAAAGAAGAAACAGAAUUUCUGGAACUCCGAGUAAAAGAGUUCUAUAAAGGAAAGUGUAUCUUGGCUGAAGAGGCGAUGACACAUGCACAAGUAGAAGAGCAUCAAAGCAAAGAUAAAGAUGAUCAACAGGAAGAUCUCACCUUCCCACUUGUUGAUUCAAAUGCUCAAAUGCAGAUUAGAAAGCGGAUUGUCCUUGAAAAACUGAGAAAAGCAUUACCUGCAGUUUUGGGCCCUCUUCAGAUUACACUAGGUGAUGUUUACACAGAACUAAAAAAUCUUGUCAAAACUUUCCGGUUCACAAACAGAAAUAUUAUUCACAAAAUGCCUGAAUGGACUCUAAUUGCUAUUGUCUUGUUAUCUACAUUGUCACCAAUUAUUCCCGUUUUCAAAAAUACUCAGAAGAGCCCAAAGUAUACACAGUUCCUGUCUACAUUACUAGAAGAGCUGCAUUUCAAAAAUGAAGAUCUUGAAAGUUUAACGAGAAUAUUUAGAAAGGACAACUUACCUGAAUGAACAAGAUGGUCAUCUUAACAUCUCCUGCUGUCCAAAGCGGUGGUAUGGAGAACAAUAAAAUAUCUUCAAUUGUUGGGACUUUUUUUUUUAAUGAAAAAUGAAAUUAAGUAUUGAUUGUAUUUCUUGCACUUUUGCAUUUUCAUUUCGUUCCUAUGAAUAAGAAUCUUGAAAUCUUUCAGAGAAGCUGAAUAAAACAGCACUUGUUCAAGUAUG